UGGAGGGAUCAGUUGAUUUCGGUUGAGGAAAGAGAGAGAAAGAGAGAGAGACAGAAGAUGGAACGAGUUAAAUUUGUUCAGGUUUAACAAACUUUAAUCGUGAAUAAAUUGUUACCGUCGAUUCUAAAAAUAUCAAAUGUUUAUUGAUGAAAAUUGUGGUUUCACCAGUAAUUUCCACUUCCAUCGUCAUCAACAACACCAACAAUCACCAACAAUCAAUAAAACUAACCAACAAUAUUUACCUUUGUUUAUCUGGUUUGUUCCUAUUGUUUUUGUUCAUCUAAUUUUUUUUUUCUAUUCUUUUUGUAGAAUCAAAUUCUCUUCUCUUUUAUAUUAGUGUUUUUAAUUUAAUUUUGUGAAUAUGUUUUGUGAACAAUCGGUUCGUAUGAUGAACCAAAUGGAAUACAUGGCUGAUUGUAUUGAGAUUAUUUUAAAAAGAAGUGACUGUCCACACCUAACUAGCCAUAUUCGGACAUUGAAAGAUGGAGGAAGAGAAAUUGCUUGUUGGGCCCCUGAAUAUGAUUAUGGAUCAAUUCAUGCUAAUGGUUACUGGUCUCUUCUUUCAAUAGGCCUUAAAUUAUGUACAUUGGUUGUUGACCGUUAUAAGGAUGAUCCAAAUCCAAUUAUUGACAGUGAUUUGAAAAAUUUACUCGAUUUUGCCAACAUCGCCAUUGAAGUGGUCAGAUUACUUCGUAAAGAUUCAAUCGACACUGCUUUAGCUCGAGGAUCCUCUGAACCAAGUCUACAAGCUUCCUCUUUAAAAUAUUUUGUUGAUCUAUUUGGACUCUUAUUGAGUAUUGAGAAGGAAAAAAUUGCUCCAGCUUUUGGACAAUUUUGUGGUUUCUGGUUGAGUCGACAAUCACAAUAUGCGACAACCGUUUUUGUCACUGGACUGUCCUUGUUAUCUGCUCGCCUUACUGAUGGUUUAAAAUGUAUUGUUAGUUGUAAUCAACGAGGCUUGGUGUUUGCAGAGUUGAUUAAAAAAGCUGAUGUCUCUUUUGUCACCAAAUUGAGAAAUAUAUUGGAAAGUUCAUUGUAUAAAACUUAUCUUCCAAUUAUUUUCUACGGACGAUCGCCCAAAACUCGGAUAGAUAUUUAUUUUAAACGACAAACCACCUGGAUAAUUAGUCCAAUUAAUAAGAAAAUUUUAAGAUUCACUGAAAAUCAAGUCGGUGGUGGACCCACUGGUUGGUCAAAGGAUCAAGUUCGUUGUCGACUUUUCCAAAGUCUUUCACCAUCGGAUAAAAGUUAUCAAGGCAAGCUUUUAAUCUACUGUCAUGGUGGCGGAUUCACCAUGGGAUCACCCGAAUCUCAAGAAAUUUUCAUCCGCGAUUGGGCUAACAAACUAGAUGGAAUCCCAAUUCUCAGCGUUAACUAUACUCUCGCUCCGGAAGCUAAGUUUCCAGUGGCCUUACAAGAAAUUCUUGACGUUUAUCUUUCGGUGACUACUGAGGACGAUGGUCCAUCGCCUUUGGAACAGUUCCUGGGCUACCGUCCAAACCAGAUCACUUUGGUGGGCGAUUCAGCCGGAGGUAACCUAAGUGCCAGUCUUUGUAUGGUUCUAAAUGAUAUCCGUUCAAAGGAUCCAACUUUCCCGAUACAAAUGCCCAAUUCAUUGAUCUGUUUCUAUGCUCCGUUUAACAUUACCCUUUUACUGUCGCCUUCAAUUACAUUGGCCUCCUGUGAUUCCCUCCUAUCAGCGGGCUUAAUGUUAUCCUGUUUCGAGGCUUAUCUGCCAAUAACAGAUGACACAAACUCUCAUGAUAAUGUUAAUUCAGCUGUUGAUGAUAACUCACUCAUCAAAUUACCUAAUCUGGUUGAAUUGAUUAAAAAUUUGCUUAAAUAUGUUAAAGAUUUGAAAUUGUUUCGUACUGGUCAAUGUGAUCCUUGGUAUCGAGCGGAAAAGGACAAAUUACAGGAAACUGUUGAACGAUUGUACAAGAUAACCUCAAAUCCAUACAUUUCACCACUUUAUUACCAAGACUUUGAAUCAUUGGCUUCAAUUAAUUUACACUUAAUUGCUCUUCAUUUUGAUCCUUUUCUUGAUGAUAAUGUUACUAUGGCCAAAAGAUGGAAGGGUAAAGUUACAUUGGACGUUCUUGAUGGACUUCAACACGGUUUCCUCAAUUAUAUGCCAUUUAUUGACGAAGGUCGGAAGGCCAAUGAAUUAGCAGUGAGACGAAUCAAAGAAACCUUCAAUAUCGAUGAUUAACUUUACAAUUAACUUAAAUUGCUCAAUCAGUUUUAACCUUUUUAAUUUUCUUUGCAAUAUUGACGUUUAUUUUUUUAUCAACAAGUUUUUAGCUCCGUUUUUAAUCAUACUUAACUCAUCAAUUACUCCAAUCCAACACAAUUAAGCGUUAAUUGUUGGAAAUGCAAACCAAGACAAUCGGAUCACUGUGAUCAUGCAAUUAUUUUAAUUAUUGUUAAAUUAUUUCGUUCAUUCCUUACCUUUUUAAUUGUAACUCUUUUUUUACAAUUUUUAAAAUCUUAUCAUUUAGUUAGUUUAAUUAUCUUAGUUAAUCAAUUUUUCAUGUCUUUCAAACUUUUACCUCUUUGCAAUUAACAUCCUUUGAUUAACUAGAUAAUAUUGUGCAAUUAAACUAACUUUUAUUGAUACAA